ACUAUGUGGGCAUGUUGCACUCUAGCCAGUGGAGGCUAUCACAAAUAGGCAUUGGAGAGCCUGGAGAAGGUAUAAGAUGUAUGGGGGAUGCAGCUGCUGCAUCUUUGUCAACCCUCUGAAACACCAGUGUAUGAUGGAAAGGAUUCAGAAAAGUUUGAGCAGAGCUCUCGUAUUGCCUGCGCUUUCUGGCCAGUUGCAAGCAAAACAUGUGAAGCGGACACACAACAGACUUAUGGAGUAUGAUGCUGUUCCAAUCCAGUCUAGUGUGGUGUUAUGCUCCUGUCCAUCCCCAUCAAUGGUGAGGAACCAGCCAGAUUCCAACACUCCACCUGUCAUUUCCACCUGUGGCAGCAGACAGGGCUCUAACAUGGAGGGCACCGCAGCUGAAUCACGAUCUAGUUCCAACACCUUGCAGCAACAUACAGGACAGCAGCCUCCACAACCUCGAAAGAAACGACCCGAUGACUUCAAAUUUGGGAAAAUUCUGGGUGAAGGAUCUUUUUCUACGGUUGUCUUGGCUCGAGAACUGGCAAGUUCUAGAGAAUAUGCCAUUAAAAUUCUGGAAAAACGUCAUAUCAUAAAAGAAAACAAAGUACCAUAUGUGACACGCGAGCGAGAUGUAAUGUCCCGUCUGGAUCACCCUUUUUUUGUGAAACUCUACUUCACCUUUCAGGAUGAUGAAAAGCUCUAUUUUGGGCUUAGCUAUGCCAAAAAUGGAGAGCUUCUAAAGUAUAUACGCAAAAUUGGCUCAUUCGAUGAGACCUGUACCAGGUUUUAUACUGCUGAAAUUGUGUCAGCCCUGGAGUAUUUGCAUGGGAAGGGAAUUAUUCACAGGGACCUUAAGCCAGAGAACAUUUUACUAAAUGAAGACAUGCACAUUCAAAUAACAGACUUCGGAACAGCAAAAGUACUAUCUGCAGAUAGCAGACAAGCACGGGCAAACUCAUUCGUAGGGACAGCACAGUAUGUUUCUCCAGAACUGUUGACAGAGAAAUCUGCCUGUAAAAGCUCUGACCUCUGGGCUCUGGGAUGUAUAAUAUAUCAGCUUGUAGCUGGAUUGCCUCCAUUUAGAGCUGGAAAUGAGUAUCUUAUAUUCCAGAAGAUAAUAAAGUUGGAAUAUGACUUUCCAGAAAAAUUUUUUCCCAAGGCAAAAGACCUUGUAGAAAAGCUAUUGGUUCUGGAUGCUACCAACAGAUUAGGAUGUGAAGAAAUGGGAGGGUAUGGACCUCUUAAGGCUCAUCCCUUCUUUGAAUCCAUUGCAUGGGAGAACCUACAUCUUCAGACCCCCCCAAAACUCACAGCAUACCUACCUGCCAUGUCAGAGGAUGAUGAAGACUGUUAUGGAAAUUAUGACAAUCUUCUGAGUCAGUUCGGUUGCAUGCAAGUUUCUGGUUCUGCCUCCUCCCAUUCCUUGUCUGCCCCAGAGACAAGUCCCCCACAGACAUCAGGAGGCAAUAUUGAACAGUAUAUUCAUGAUCUUGACAACAAUUCUUUUGAGCUGGACUUACAGUUUUCUGAAGAUGAGAAGAGGUUACUUCUGGCAAAGCAAGCUGGUGGAAAUCCUUGGCAUCAGUUUGUAGAAAACAACUUAAUCCUAAAAAUGGGUCCAGUAGACAAAAGAAAGGGAUUGUUUGCACGUCGACGCCAGUUGCUGCUCACAGAAGGGCCCCAUCUGUAUUACGUGGAUCCUGUCAACAAAGUUCUAAAAGGAGAAAUUCCGUGGUCUUUAGAGUUGCGCCCGGAAGCCAAGAAUUUUAAGACAUUUUUUGUUCACACACCAAACAGGACAUAUUACCUGAUGGACCCAAGUGGGAAUGCUCAUAAAUGGUGCAAAAAGAUACAUGAAGUUUGGCGGCACAGAUACCACCAGAAUGCUGCUAAAUAGUAAAGCUCAUCCAAAAUUUCCCAGUCUCCCUACUUGCUGCUAGAACUCCACGUGCAGCCGAUCAGAGGAAUCUUCCCAACCCACCUAUUACCCAUCUCAAGGGGAAGCAUAUGUCUGAAAUACUCUGUUCUUUUUGUUUUGUUUUGUUUUUUUAAAAAAAGCAAAAACCUAAUGGAAUUCAGGGUCGCUUUGCUUGCUCUUUGUGCUUCUGUUGAGGCUUCCACAUGCAUAUCAUUGCAAUGAAGAUCUUGCUUUUGUGCACUUCAGCUCAGUUUCUGCUGCAAACUAGUGGAUAGACCUUGCAUUACCAGCUUCACUUAAGAACAGUUAAAACCAAUCCACACGCACACACCCCAAAUCAUGUACCAGCCUUACAUUUUAUGGGGCUGGAGUUUUCUGUGACUUUCAGAUUAUCAUUAAACUGUAUUUCAUCAGGGAGCUUUUAUAUGCCUCUCCUAAGCAUCACCUCUUUGUUUUCUCUUCCUUUCCCCUCUGUCCCCUAGCUUAUUGGUAUAUGGCAUUUGUAGCCAGGUCAGUUGCACCCUUGCAUAACUCCUAAUAUAGUUCUGGUUGCAGGAUUUAUGUGGUACUUUAAUAAUUAUGUGAAUGAAUCAGAUGUAUGUGUCUGGCAGAUGGACUCCGAUGAUACAGGUUGUGAGAGAGUAAAAUGCUGAACAUGGCACUGAAAGUUUUCUAAAAUUGAAAUGUUGGCUUCUGAAGCAUAUAAAGUUUUAAACUUUGAAUUUUAAUUUUAAUUUGAUGCAUACGUGUGUUUAAUCAAGGGACAAUAAACUUACCAGCAUGCUUUUAACUAAUGCUAACUAAAAAAUUAACUAGUUAGUGUAAAAAAAAAAAAAAAAAAGUUACUGUUGAAGUAGUAAAAUAGUUUUUCACCUUUUCAGGAGAUGAGGGCUGGAAGCUUUCUUUCCAGGGUGUGCAUGUAUUGUGCAUUUUAGUGGGGCCAACCUAUUUACCUGGGUAGAGAAGGAAGAGUGAAAACUUUGUACAAUUGAUUACUUGAUUUUUGUCUCUUUGUAUAAUGAGAUGUACAAAUAAUCCUAUUUUUGGUCUUUGGGCAAAUACUUCAGACCUUUUAGCAAUUCCGAAAAAAGUUUUAAACAGUUUAAGUGUUAGACCCAUACAGUAAUCUGAAUGGUUGAAAAUUCAAAUGAAAAUGUUAAUACAAAGGGGAAAAUGUAUGGUACUUAAGGCAUAUCUAUAAAAUGAAAAUAUUUUUCAUAUCAGUCUCCUUUAUCCUUUUCAAAUUAAGGCUUUUUUGUGGUCAAACAUUUCUUGCAAUGUAGCAAAGACAACUUUUCCUACAUGCUAAAAUGACUUCCCUAAUGGUGUUUUCAACACACCCAUGUCCCUGAACGUUGCAGAGAGGGAUGACCCAGGUCUGGGCAAAGGCAUUCCUUCCUUGUUUUAAAAGCAGUAUAAACAUCACACCUAUUUAUUCAUCUUCUGCAAAUACCACCAUCUCUUUGCCUCUUGAGGUCUGUUAUGAAGUGCUUUUUCCUUCCACUAAAGAAAAAAGUUCAGCUGUAAUGUUAAGAAAACUCACAGGCUGCUGUUUUGUGGCUUAUCAGAUGUCUCAGAAAAUGCAUGAAAGCUAGAUUUAUUUGUUGUACUGGGAGAGGGAGGUUUAUUGUGCAUUCUUUUUUAAAAAAAAAAAAAAAGUAUUGUGUGGUUAAGCUUGAUGACAGUUCAGUUCUUAGUCUCUUCCGGUCUUUAAAGAAGACAGUGUAGUUGCUUUUUCAUUUGGUGAAACUAUAUUCUUGCAGUUGUCUUUUAUGUUAUCCCACCAUAUACACAGGCUUGAGAAAAGUAAAUCACUAGCUUACAGUGCCCGGUGUUAGGGGAGCUAAGGUGUCCGAGAUAAGAAAAACAGACCGUUCACGUUCCAUCAUAAGAAAUUUCACCACAUAGAAGGCAGACUCCUCGCCAGUGAAAUCUGAAUAGCGCAGUACACCUUUUGUUAAACCUAUAGUUAUCAUCAUAACCAAGAUGACAUGCAGUCUGAGUUUGUGGUGGUGGUACCCAUUUGUUCUGUAGCUGUUGAAUUCCACCUGUAAGUUGGGUCCACUAGAGGGAAUUGUACAGAUUCUGGAUUUAGCUUUUGGUAUAGAGAUAUAGACAUAUUCCCAACUUCAUACUGGAGAGUCUGGCAGUGAUGGAGUUUCAUGAUGCUACUGCAGUUGUUCAGUGUGCCAAAACUUGGCUUCCAAGAGUCUCUGGCAAAGUUGUUCUGCUACUAGUGAAUUUCUUAGCUUCAGUAGGAACUAGAGUGAUCUCCACUGGCCUUAGCUUCAGCUAAAUAUGUGGAAAUCUAAAAAUAUUCAGACAUGUUUUCUAUAACAUUUAGAUGUGCAGUCAUCUUGCCAUAACAAAAUACUUCCUUUGGUUUUUCAUACCGUAAAAGAAACUCCUCUGUCUACUUCCUCCCUGCCCCCAAAAACUUUCAACCAAAGAAAUCUUGACAGCAGUAAGCUGCAGAAGUCUGGAAAAUUGAUGUUUGUAUUCUAGUAUUCCUUUUCUCUUUUCUUUUUUUUUUUUUCUUUUGACAAUGGCAUCAUUAGAAAACUGUGAGCCUCUCUUACAGGCAUUCUUCCCUUCAGAACUUUAAUGUUCUGAAUUGAGUCUUCCUCAACUGCUGCUUUUUUGGGAAGGGACCAGAAGCUUUUCUGGGAGAGGUGUUUGCCUUUCUCUGACUUUAAGUGAAAGCUGUAGUUCUUGGAAGAUGGUGGAAGGGUAGGGUGAGGCAAGACAAACAACUGUGGAUUUAAGUAAGUUUCAUCAGUUUGCCCACUUAAAUGUGUAUUGGAAGGUGCUGCAUACUAUGAAGGGCUAGUUCCUAUUUUAGAUGUGUAUAAUUGAAGAAUGGGAUAAUUUCAAAUCAUUGUCUUGAAGACUACUCCAGUGAUUCAUGGGAGUUCAUGGAAUCAAAUACAAGAGGGAGAUUUUUUCAAAGCUGCAGAUAAACAAGUUACUCUCCCUGCUCUUAAUCUGCGGUCUUUCCGAGCAGAAAAAGGUUGCUAAUCACUGAAAGACUCUUCAGGCUCCUCACUGCAACCCUAUUAAAAAAAGCAGUCUCGUAAUUCAUUCAGUCUUGUGCAAAUUGAACACUUACCUAUCAUUUGUAAAGAUUUUGGUGGUUAAUGAUGUGACUCAUGUUUUGUUUGAGAUUCGAAGUUCAGGAAAGUGGUUGUUGCAUCGUUUUUGUAUUGGGUGGAGCUUAAAGGCUGAAGUACUACUAUUAGAAAGGAUUUUUGAGCCACGUUGUUCAGUUUCUAGCCCAGUCAUGGAAAGUUUGGAACUUCUUUGAUAAAAAUGGAGAAAUUACUCAAUUGCCACUGUCCUUAAAAUAUUUCCUGCUCAAAACUGGACUUUGAAGAUGACUUUUGUACCUCUUUCAACUUCAGAUGUGAUGGCAAAGCAGUGGGAGCAGACUAAUUAUUAUACUUAUUAUAUUAUGACUUAUUAGCCACCCGGGCUAAUAAGUUGUCAUUUGCUAAGCAGUAGAUGCUGAAGACACCAUAACCUACCAAAUAGUACUGCACUCCACUGAUUGUUUUUCUCCUCCUACCAUGAUUUAACUGUGAAGUGUAUCUGCUAUAUAUAAUCCCAGAAAAACUUCAGCAGGUUGAAAAAAGAUGUGAUGCAUCUACUCCACUUUCAUAAUACAACAUGCUUAAUGACUGUGCUUAACAUUACUAAAUUUUGUAUUGGGAGCUUUAAAGAAUCCUAGGGAUUUUCCACACAUGAAUUUUUCUUCUGAAUGAUUUAGCAAAGUCAAAACAACUUCCUUUGGUCUGUGGAUGAAAGAACACUUAAUUUGAACACCUCAUCUAUGAAAAACUUGUGUAUUAAUAGUUGUCUAAAGAUGUGGUCUGUGGAUUCUGAUUAUUCUUUCUACUAGGGAAUUACACAAAUAGGUGUGGUAUUUAUAUAUUAAGUUUUACUGAAUGCCUGUAGUAUUUUAGGCAAAUAUUUUAUUAAUCAAAAGGAGUUGUUCCUCCUGCAAAGCUUCAUGACACACAUUGUCCAUCUGUUGAUCAAGUGCGCUUGCAGGCAAGUAAUUCUCUGACCCAAAAGGGCACAUUUUCAGUUAAGAUGAGGACCGUGAUGAAUUGAGGAGUUCAUUUUUUUUCCUAAGAAAUAUGACUUUAUACAGUGAACAUGGUGAAGUUCUUAAGCACCCAGUAACCUAGUCUGUCUGCAUGGCAGUGAAUUUGGAUGGUUACCACUUGACAAAACAUCCUAUGACCAUGUACCAGCUCUGAUUGGAUGUGGCAAAUGUUCUGAAUGGUGGCAGAACUUAAAAUUGCUGUAUCUGACAAAAAAAUUAGGAACCAUAAUCAGUUUUGAUAGUUGUAUGCUAGUGUUUUUCAGGUUGGUGGCAGUCAGUUAUGUGUAUAAUAUUCUCUACCUGGUUUGUAGCUGUAACUGUGAUGUACAGGUAAAGCAAAAAAGGAGAAAAAAAAAAAAGGAAAAAAAAAAAGAAAAAAGGAAAAAAUCCCCACCCCCCCAAACAGCCACUCUCCCUCUCACACACAAUUCCCCUACCCCAAGAACAUAUGAAAAUGGAAGCAGAUACUGCAAUGAUAAGAUACACACUUUUGUAUUUUUAUUCUUAUAAGGUUAUUUGCUGGCUCUUGUUGGCCUCUAGUUCAGUCUAUGUUAUUUAAAUUCUAAUAUAUGAAUUAUUUGGAUUGAAUUCAUGUUCGGGGCCAUGGUGUUGUAUGUAUUGAUGUACAGCCUUGAAUGUGAAUAAUUAUUGUAAACUAUAUUUUACACCUUUUUUCUGGCUUUAUUAUAUAAAUUUUCUAUUGGUCGAUGAUUUAAUCAUAUCUCAUAAUUUAAUGACUGUUUAUUUUCCUCUCGACAGAUCUCUGUGCUGUACAUGUGUAGCUAGUGACUGGAUGAUGGAUUUCACUUAUGCUCGGUAGUCUGUAAUAAAGGCAUGUAGGGUC